AUGCCCCCCACAAUGGCGACCCGCGCCCGCUUCGUCUACACGCGCCGCCGUGCGGACGACGAGGACGAGGACGAGCAGCAGCAGGAGAUCUCAUCAUCUUCCUCUGAGGACGACCAAGAGGAAGAAGAGGAGGAGGAGGCCGAGGCUUCCGAUGAGGAGGGGGUUGCUGAGGAGGAGGUCGCCGAAGAGCCAGCGGCCAGGAAACCCCCGGCGGCGGCUGCGGCUGCGGGGAGGGGCGGGAGGAAGGGCCCGAUUACCAUCAGCCUCAAGAAAGUGUGCAAGGUGUGCAAGAAGACGGGGCACGAGGCGGGGUUCAAGGGCGCCGUGUACAUCGACUGCCCCAUGAAGCCCUGCUUCCUCUGCAAGAUGCCAGGGCAUACGACCUUGACCUGCCCACACAGGGUAGCAAUGGAACAUGGUGUCAUCCCAGCUCCUAGGAGGAACACAAACACUUCACUGGACUAUGUCUUCCAGAGCCAAGUGAAAGGCAAAAUUUCCAUGGUCAAGCCACGGUUUCUGGUACCCAAUCAAUUGGAGUGCGGUAACAUAAAAUUCCACCAGAGACGCGUGACCUGCUUGGAGUUUCAUCCAACCAAGAACAAUGUGCUUUUAUCAGGAGACAAGAAAGGGCUACUAGGCAUUUGGGAUUAUGUUAAGUUGCAUGAGAAGAUCACCUAUGAUUCCGUGCAUUCCUGUAUUCUGAACACUAUGAAGUUGGACACCGCCAAUGAUGCAGUGCUAUACACAGCCUCCUCUGAUGGGACUAUCCGUAGCACAGACUUAGACACGGGAAUGGGCUCUCCAUUGUUAAAUCUUAACCCAGAUGGUUGGAAUGGUCCAAGCACUUGGCGCAUGAUAUAUGGAAUGGACUUAAACGCCGAGAAAGGCCUUCUUUUGGUGGCAGAUAGUUUUGGGUUUCUUUAUUUACUGGAUAGACGGUCAAAGGAAAGAAUUGGGCAACCAAUUCUUAUACAUAAAAAGGGUAGCAAGGUAACUGGCCUCCAUUGCAACCCUGCUCAACCUGAAGUUCUUCUAAGCAGCGGAAAUGAUCACUUUGCCCGUAUUUGGGAUACAAGGAAACUUGAGCCAAAGUCUGCUCUUGCCAGCCUUGCUCAUGGACGGGUUGUCAAUUCAGGAUAUUUUUCUCCGCGAAGUGGGAGCAAGAUCUUGACGACAUGCCAGGACAACCGAAUUCGUGUCUGGGAUUAUAUUUUUGGCGAUCUAGAAUCCCCGAGUAGAGAAAUCGUGCACAGCCAUGAUUUCAACCGUCACUUGACUCCCUUCAAAGCCGAGUGGGAUCCAAAGGAUUAUUCAGAAACUGUUGCAGUUAUCGGUCGUUACAUAAGUGAAAACCACAACGGGGUUGCUCUGCAUCCCAUUGAUUUCAUAGACACCAGCACUGGGAAGCUUCUGGCUGAGGUGAUGGAUCCCGACAUAACGACUAUCAGCCCAGUGAACAAGCUACACCCCCAAGACGAUAUCCUGGCCACAGGAAGUUCAAGGUCCAUCUUCAUCUGGAAACCUAAGAACGAUUCUGAUGAUCCUACAGAAGAAAGGACCAGCCAAAAGGUCAAGGAAUAUGUGUACAGCUCAGGUUCGCAGAAGAAAGCAAAUGGCAAGCGCGGCGAUAGCAGCGAUGACGACUCGGAUGGCGGUUCUGAUGGAAAGAACAAGAAAGCAAAGAAGACUCGAUUCACCCAUACCGCGAAGGGAAAGGGCAAAUCCAAAGCUUGAUGAUGAAUGUAGUUAGUGCAGCGGCAAUUUUGGCAGAAGGAACGAACGUGUUGGCAGCUGCUAAUGCAGCUCCUUUUGGGUACCAUCUCGCUUCUUAGUCCUAGGUAACAUGCUGAAGGCAUGUGGUAUUAUAACAUCACAUCUUAGGUAACGAACUUUUAGAAUUAGUUUGAGUCAUGAUGUGCUUUAGGCGUUAAAUCUGUGUAUAUAUACGAUCGUUUCUCUAUAUCCCCUCCUACUCAGUAGCUUGAAUGCUGUUUUGUA